AUGGCUCUCAAAGUUGCUAUCAUCGGUGCCGGCCUCAUCGGUCCCCGUCAUGCUCAAUCCGUCAUUGCCAAUCCAGCCACCGAGCUGAUUGCCCUCGUCGACCCAGCACCCACCGGCGAAGCAACGGCUGCCAAGCUAAACACCAACUUCUACGCCUCCGUGGCAUCCCUCCUAUCUUCCCCACACAAACCAGACGCCGCCAUCGUGUGCACCCCAAACCACACACACGUCCCCGUCGCCAAAGAGCUCCUAGCAGGCGGCGUCCACGUCCUCCUCGAAAAGCCCGUCAGCGACACUCUCGAAACUGGCCGCUCCCUGCUCGAGUUCGCCCGAGCCCCGGAACAUGCACACCUCAAGCUGCUAGUCGGUCACCACCGCCGCUUUAACCCCUACGUCCGCGCUACAAAGGCCGUCCUCGAGUCCGGCUCGCUAGGCCGCACUAUCGCCGUCAAUGGCCUGUGGACGCUCUACAAGCCAGACGCGUACUUUGCCGCACCGACGGACUGGCGUGCCUCGGGGGCUCGCGGCGGAGGCGUCAUCCCUAUUAACCUCGUUCACGACAUCGACCUAAUGCACCACCUCUUCGGCCCGAUCGUCCGCAUCCAAGCCGAAAAGACUCUCCCCCAACGCCCCAGUCCCCCGCACGACGCAGACGAAGGUGUCGCACUAACAAUGCGCUUUGCCUCCGGCGUCGUCGGCACAUUCCUCGUUUGCGACGCAACCCCCUCCGCGCACAACUUCGAGUCCGGCACGGGCGAGAAUCCGAUGAUCCCGCGAGCGACCGACGCCUCAGCCUCGGACUUUUACCGAAUCUUCGGCUCGGAUGCGUCGCUUAGUGUGCCGGAUUUGACGCGGUGGAGUUACGGGGCUGCCGAGAAGAGUUGGUCGAAUCCGUUGGUUGCGGAGAAGAUUGCGUUGCCGGAUGAGGAGGCGCCGUUUGAUUUGCAGUUGGCUCAUUUUGUGGAUGUUAUUGCUGGAAAGGCGGAGCCGAGUUGUUCGGGGGAUGAGGGGUUGAGGGCUUUGAUUGUUUGUAAGGCUGUGCAGACGGCGAUGCAGACUGGGUUGCCGGUGGAUAUUCCUGUUGAUCCGUUGGCAUAG